AUGUAUGAAAAAUUAGCUGAAGUCUUUGAAUUGGUAGUAAACUGGGACAACCAGCAUGGAGGUCAGCAAGUCAAACCUACUUUCAAGAUCCUAGGACGUGUAUUUAAGACUUUCAAAAAGAUCAAUCUUUGUGCAAGUGCUGGCACAGGCAAAGAUAUAUGGCCAGAUCAGCAGGCCCUAAACAAGGCUUUAAGCACAGCAGCUCUUGGGCACUGGGUUGAAUACUGUUGUUUUGAUGGACUGACUGUGAACAAUACACAAGUUGCUGUCAAGUAUUGUCUUGAUAAUGAUCCUCUGCAACAUGAAGCAGAUACAUUGAAGAAACUCAGUGAGGUUAAAGGCAUCCUGACAUUGUUAUAUGAAGACUUCAACAGCAUGAUUCCAUACAUUGUCACUAGCAUGGUUGGUCAGAGGGUAACCAAGACUGAUGUACAAACUGCAUGCAAUAUUAUAAUUGACAUUCUCGAAGUGCUGAAAAGCCUUCAUGAUCACCACUACAUCCAUAAUGACAUCAACCCUGAAGCCCUUUGUUACACUGUUGCAUUCAUGCAUAAUCAAGACAAGGAAUAUUGGCACACUACUGCUAGGGAUCCAUUCAAGGCCCUCCAUAAAAAAGAAAAAUUUUCAGAAAUUCUCCAUCUCUUUGACAAUCUUCCACAAGUGUUCCAAGAUUUCUUUCACUAUGUCUAUAAGCUCAACAUUACUGCAAUGCCAGAUUAUGAGUACUGGCACAAAAAAUUUACCUCUACUGUUAAUGAUCUAUUUUUGCUAUCCAACAGAAAAUGUGCCCAUGAAAUACCACUAUCAGAAAUUUCAGAAGAGAAAUCUAGUCGACAACUUCAAGCUUGA